UGCAGGAUGAGAUCCUUCCCUUUCCCCUGUGGUUCCCUACAAAGAGCGCCACACAGACAGUUCUGUAGGGUUUGAGACACAGCCUGUGUCGCGCUCUCAAUCUCGGACAGCGCAUUGUCCACCUGGAUGCCGUGACUUUAGUUAUUUUCCAUUUUAGUCAUAUCGCAGUGCCAGAAGAGACGCUUUCACAAUGGCUGGAGCAAUUAUUGAGAAUAUGAGCACCAAAAAGUUGGUGAUCGUGGGAGUAAUUCUGCUUUUAUUCCAGGCGUUUUCCUUUAUGGUCGGUGGACUGAUUGCUCCAAGCCCCACCACAGCAGUCCACUACCUGGCCACCAAGUGUGUGGACACCAUGAAGACCCACCAUCAGGGCUCCAAGUGGUUCAUGCCUUGGGGCCCCAACCAGUGCAGCAAGAUCCGGGACUUUGAUGAGGCCAUGGCCAAAAGAAUUGAGGCCAAUAACAUUGUAUUUGCGGUCCACAUUCCUUUACCUAACCGAGAGAUGAGUCCCUGGUUCCAGUUCAUGUUGGUUAUCCUCCAGCUUGACAUUGCCUUCAAAAUGCAAAACCAGAUUGAGGAUGGAGCUUUGAUCACCUUGGAUGUUGGCCUGGCUUACAGAAAUGACACCCUGAGUGAGUGGAUUGAGAUGGCCCAUUCCAUAGAACAUCGCAAACUGAGCUGCAAUUUCACCACAACAAAGACAUUUGAAAAUGAGGGGCGCUACUAUGAUUGUGACCUGUUGCCCUUUAUGGAGGUUGGCAGUGUGGCCCAUAAGUACUAUCUUCUAAACAUCAGACUACCUGUCAACGAACGCAAAAAAGUCAACAUGAAGAUUGGAGAAAUCAAAGACAUUAGACUUGUGAGCAUUCAUCAAAAUGGUGGUUUCACAAAGGUUUGGUUUGCCAUGAAGACGUUCCUCACUCCCAGCAUCCUUAUCAUCAUGAUCUGGUACUGGAAAAGAAUCACCCAAAUGACCAGACCACCAGUCCUGCUGGAGAAGAUUAUCUUUGCUUUAGGAAUCUCUAUGACCUUCAUCAAUAUUCCAGUGGAAUGGUUCUCGGUAGGGUUUGACUGGACUUGGAUGCUUUUGUUUGGUGAUAUCCGUCAGGGCAUCUUCUAUGCCAUGCUGCUUUCCUUCUGGAUCAUCUUCUGUGGUGAACAUCUAAUGGAUCAGACGGAGAGAAACCGUUUCUCUGUGUACUGGAAACAGGUUGGACCCAUUGUUUUUGGCUCCUUUUGCCUCUUCAUCUUUGAUAUGUGUGAGAGAGGAGUGCAGCUCAAGAAUCCUUUCUACAGUAUCUGGGCAUCAGAUGUCGGGACAGAGUUGGCUAUGGCCUUCAUCAUUGUAGCAGGAAUCUGUGCAUGUCUCUACUUCCUUUUUCUUUGCUUCAUGGUCUUCCAAGUGUUCAGAAAUGUAAGUGGGAAAAGGUCGUCUUUGCCUGCCAUGACGAAGGCUCGUCGACUGCAUUAUGAGGGCCUGAUCUUCCGCUUUAAAUUCCUGAUGUUGAUCACGCUGGCAUGUGCUGCCAUGACUGUCAUUUUCUUCAUCAUAAGUCAGGUAAAUGAGGGCCACUGGCACUGGGGCGGGUACACCGUUCAAGUGAACAGCGCUUUCUUCACUGGCAUUUACGGCAUGUGGAACCUGUAUGUGUUUGCACUCCUGUUUCUCUAUGCGCCGUCUCACAAACGUUAUGGGGAUGAGCAGUCAAGCGGCGAUCAAGGUGGAAACAGUGGUGAGGACAUCCAGCUGACCACCACCAUCACACAUGUGGACGGACCCACAGAGAUCUACAAAAUGACUGGCAAAGAAGCUCAAGAGUAACUCCCCUCAAUCCAGAACCCAACAAAAUCAAGACUUUCUGAAUUCCUCAAGAGUUGAAACGACACACUUUUUGGUGCCCUGUGUGGUCUCAUUCAUUUCAAACAUAACCUCACAAAUGUUAAAGGGAUAGUUCACCCAAAAAUGAAAAUUCCCUCAUUUACUCACCCUCAUGCCAUCCCAGAUGUGUAAGACUUUCUUUCUUCUGCUGAACACACACACACACACACACACACACACACACACACACACACACACACACACACAAGAUUGGUCCAUUCAAUGCAAGUGAAAGGUGACCAAAACUUUGAAGCUCAAAAAAUAUAUAAAGGCAGGAUUAAAGUAAUCAAAAAGGCUCCAUUGGUUUAAUCCAUGUUUUCUGAAGUGAUUUGAAAGGAGUGGGUGAGAAACCGUUAAAUAUUUAUGUAAUUUUUUUUUAACUUUAAAUCUUCACUUUCAAACAGCCCUGCUAAGCACUCUUCUCACGUUUAUGUAAAUGUCUUUUGUUUUAGGUGAUUCACAUUCUUUGUGCAUAUUGCCACCUACUGGGCAGGUUGCAGAACUUAAAUCUGUUUCUCAUCAUAUCGCAUAUAAAGACAUUUAAUAAUUUAACCAGUUAUUAAACCACAGGAGUCUAAUAGAUACAUUAUAUGCUGCUUUAUGUGCUUUUUGUGUUUCAAAAUGUUGGUCUCCAUUCACUUAAAUUGUAUGGACCAACAGAGCUGAAAUAUUCUUUUAAAAAUCUUAAUUUGUGUUCAGCAAAAGAAAUUCAUACACAUCUGGGAUGGCAUGAGGGUGAGUAAAUGAUUUUUUUUUUUUGGGUGAACAACCAACUUUUCACAGUUUGAUAAGUGACGUACCUUGUUACACAAAUUUCUAUUCGAAUGAGGUUCAAUGUGCAACCCCAUUUCUGAAAAAGUUGAGACAGUAUGAAAAAUGAUAAUAAAAACAAAAAGUAAUAAAUGAAAAUAAUGUAAAUUAAAUUCACCCUUUGCUAUAUUGAAAGCACCACAAGUACACAUGAUAUGAUGUUUUACCUUGUGGAUUAAAUUUUUUUUUUAAACAUUUAUGUACAGUAAUUUAAUAUCAGAUGAUUGCAACACUCUCCAGAAAAGUUGAGACCGGGGUAAUUUAAGACUAAUAACAAUUUGAUGAGUUAAAAUAACAAGGCAAUGUGAAACAGGAUAUAUUAAAGAGGUGAUGCAAUUGUGAAAUAAUAUACUGUAUACUGUAUAAGGAGCCUCCAAAAACAGUCCUUCAAGAGCAAGGAUCAUUCAAGACUUGUCAAUUGUCCAACAGAUGCUUCAGCAAAUAAUCCAGCACUUUGAGAACAAUGUUCCCCUAAGACAAAUUGGAAGGAUUUUGGGCAUUUCACUCUCUACAGUGCACAAUAUAGUUGAAAGAUUCAAGUCUCUGUCUAGAAGCGCUGCCGACUUCUCUGGGCUCGGUCUCAUCUUAGAUGGAAAGUAGAACAAUGGGACCAUGUUUUUUGGUCCAAAGAGUCCACAUUUCAAAAAGUGUUUGAAAAACACAGCCGUCGUGUUCUCCGGGCCAAAGAAGAAAAGGACCAUCUGAUCUGUUAUCAGCGUCAGGUCCAAAAGCCAGUGUCUGUAUGGACCAGGGGUAUGUCAGUGCCAACGGUAUGGGUAACUCGCACAUCUGUGAGGGCACCAUUAAUCAAGACAGAUAUGUAAACAUUUUGGAGCAGCAUAUACUGCCAUCCAGCACUGUCUUUUGCAGUGACGUUCCGGAAUUUUCAACAGGAUAACUUCAAACCACAUACUGCCCGAAUAAUCAGAGAGUGUGUGUGCUAGAUUGGCCUGCCUGCAGUCCUGACCAUCUCCAAUUGAGAAUGUGUGGUGCAUUAUAAAGUGCACAAAAUGGCAACAAAAACCCUGUACAAUUGUGCAGCUGAAGCCCUGCAUAAUGGAGGAAUGGGGGAAAAUUCCACUUUUAAAACAUAACACACUUGUCUUCAGUGCCUAAAUAUGUUAUUAGAAGAAAUGGUGAUGUUUCACAGUGGUAAACAAUCGACUGCCCCAACAUUUUGGAGCAUGUUGCAAUCAUCUGAUUUGAAAUGUAUACAAGGUAAAAUAUCAUAUAAUAUUUAGUUGUAGUGCUUUCAACAUAGCAAUGGGUGAAUAUAAUUUACAAAUCACUUUGUUGUUUUUUUAUAAGCAUUUUUCAUACUGUCCCAACUUUUUCAGAAUUGGGGUUGUAAGAUCAACAGGUGGUGCUGAGCUGUAGAAAGCUGGAGUUGCACACCAUCUUGUGGGUGCUGGGAGAAAUUAUGAAGUUUACCUUGCACUGUGGUUUGGCAAAGACAUUAGUGUUUCAAAGGCCAAUACAAAGUAUUUCUAAAAACAGUGAGGAAAAGGAAACAAGGUCAAAACUUUUUUUUAAAUGAUACAGCAAUAAGUAAUUGUGUCCAUUUAGUGUAUUUUGUAGCUUUUCCCUUUCUUGUUUGAGGGUAUUUUAUAAUGCAAUUACAAAACUGGAAGAACAAAGACUUUUGUCAACAUAACGUGUAGGUAUGUAUUUAUCUGUUGGUUGAUCCUUCCUCAACUGACUUCCUUAAACUCUCUUAACCAAAUGUAAACACACCCAAGGAACCGGUAAAGCAAAUGACUUAGUUUAAAGGUUUCUCUGAUCAAGGUGUGGGAUGACUUAAGUGACAGUUGGGAUUAGGGUCCUUGUGGUCUGAAUGGCAAACACUAUGUUCUUUGUUACAAAGUAGAGGUAUAUUUUUUAUAAAGUGCUUAUUUUCAUCUGUACAAAAGCAUUAGCAACUGUUCUGUAUCACUCUGUUGUAACAAAAAGUAUCUUUUCUAGUUUUUCAAAUCUGUACAAUUGUAUCUCAUGUGGAAAUCUAGCGUCUUGUUUUUUCAUGCUUUUUAUGCUAAUUUAAAGUAAUAAAAAACUUUUAGAUCUG